UUGAAAAUGAAGGAGAAGAGAGAGAGUAUAGAUUACAGGAUACAAAGAAUCUCAUUCAUUUCCAUGCACAUUAACGUCCGGUAGAGUUGACUCCCCAUUUCAUAAUCAUUAUUAAAACCCACCAUAAAGAAAAAGUUCCCCCACUACCCACCUCCACCAUUGCCUCCGCAACAAAUCUCUUCUUUCUCCGUCUAGCAAUAUCACCAUUUCUUACUCCGACCCGGAUCCGCUCCAACUUCGCAGAAGGAAUCAUAUAAAGAAAAAGGGGGUGAGAUGUAUAAGAACCAGCUGCAGGAGCUGGCGCAGAGAAGCUGCUUCAACCUGCCAUCGUAUACGUGCAUAAGGGAGGGUCCGGACCACGCGCCGCGAUUCAAGGCCAUCGUUAACUUCAACGGAGAGGCCUUUGAGAGUCCCAACUACUGCUCCACCCUCCGCCAGGCCGAGCACUCCGCCGCCGAGGCAGCGCUAAACUCCCUCUCCUCCAGCGGUCCCUCCCACUCACUCGCCGCCCGCAUUCUCGAUGAAACGGGAGUUUAUAAAAACCUCUUACAGGAGAUUGCACAAAGAGUUGGAUCUCCUUUGCCUCAGUACACAACUUAUAAAUCCGGUUCAGGACACCUACCUGUCUUUACAGGAACAGUUCUACUGGCUGGAAUCACAUUUACAGGAGAACCUGCAAAGAACAAGAAGCAAGCUGAGAAGAACGCCGCACUCGCUGCUUGGUUAUCAUUGAAACAAUUGGCACAGCAAGAUGCUAAUUCUUCAGCAGAGCAAGAAAAUAACGAUGAGCAGGAGCAGAUAAGAAUAGCAAGGGCCUUACUGAACUAUCGUGCAAAGGAAAAAAUGGAAAUGGCUNAAACAGACAUUCCACCUUACCUCCCUGUUAGACAAUGUAGGGCACCUUAUCAAGGGAUUGCUCCAGCGGUUACUAUAAGAAAUUCGGUGCCAGUCUUCUCUGCACCACCACGUCCACCACCUUCACAUCCGAUUCAGCGCCAACCUAUUCGAGUAUCCCCACCCGUUUGUGUCAGGCAGGUAGUUCCUGUUUUUGCUGCUGCGUCUGUGCAUAAAGAAAUCCCACCACCACCUCCGACAACUUGUGCACCUCCAAAUAAAAGGCCACUUGAGGCUGAGGAAACUGUGAAGAAUUGCACGGAUGGUGUUGAUGAAUCUACUGCAGUGAAGUGCUUGGAACAACUCAAGAUAUGA